UCCUACCUACUUACGACUACCAUCACUUUUACACUAGUUCCUUACCCCUUACCAAGCCUUAGCUGGAGGUUUAUCUAAAUUGUCUUAUGACAUUUACCGAAUACGUGAACUGACCAUCACAUCAACAGCGCCUACACUACUGGUCAGUUCAUGAACCCCGGCCCGGCCCCGCGACCACCCACGGAUCGCCCGCGUCUCAAUCUUACACCCAGUACCAAUUAUCCAGGGAGCAUGACGAAUGCAGUUUCUUCGCCCAUUACACGUACCGCUACCUCUACAUAUACAGGCUCGACUAUUUCUCUACCUCUCGCUCGUGAACGAUCCAACCAAGCAGACGGCAUGGGAGGUGUUGCAGUUAUAAAAGAAGGGUGGGCACAGGUCAAGGAGAGCAGGAAUUUCAUCCAGCCAUGGAAGCAGAAAUACCUCAUCCUGCGUAAAGAGGCCCUCGACUUCCACAAGGCUGAGGGCGGAAAGGUUUCUUACACUUUAUACCUCAAGGAUGUCGUCAAUGUCGGGCGAGUUGAAGCCGCGGGCACCAUUUUUGAGAUCAAGAGACUUAUGCAAGGUUCUUCUAACAGCCCCGGAGAUGACGACGGCACCAUUAGAACUUUGCACAUCCGAGUGAAGAGCGACGAUGAUCUCUACGAUUGGAUUGACCUCCUCUAUGGCCGAUGUCCGACGAUGGGGGGAGUGAGCAAUCCGACCAAUUUCUCCCAUGCGGUACACGUUGGUUUCGAUCCUCAAACAGGACAGUUCGUAGGCUUGCCCCCUGAAUGGUCUAAACUUUUGAACUCGUCUGCUAUCACAAAGGAAGAUUACGAGCGAAAUCCUCAAGCCGUUUUCGAAGUUUUAGAUUUCUACUCCGAUCUUACCAAAAGAGCAGAAAACCCUCAGCAGUAUCCAAACCUCGCCCCCACGCCACUUCCCAGUACGCAGCAAAACAAACAGCUUGGAUAUGGCGGUGGAGGUGGAGCCUCUGUUGCUCCUCCGAGACCAAUGCCACCUCCACAACGCAGUUACGGUAACCUCCCGACGCAGCAACAGGGUGCCACUCCACCACGACGACCUAGUCCCCCAGAUAUGUCGCAGCGACCGCCAAUACAGAAUUCGGGAAGUAACUACAAUGCGGCGGUUGAUGCAGCGCGAGAAGAACAGCGCAUGAAGCAACUGGAGCUUCAAAGACAGCGAGAGAUUGACGAACAAAACCGACGUGACUUGGAAGCCUAUAAUGCUUCCAUUCCGCAAAAGAAACUUCCUUUGGCUCAACAAGAGGUUGGCGGUGGUGCAUAUGGUGGCUCUCCAGCUUCGGCAGAUCGUUAUAAUCCUAGCCGAGCCGCACCGCCUGCGCCCAAGUCUCUCGGCCAACAGCCCGGCAGCCUUCGCGCUCAGCGGCCUGCUCCGCCCGCGCCCAGCUCUUCGGCGUCUUCGUCUAACAGACCUGUGAUGACAUCGCAAUCGAGCUCAAGCUCCAUGUCCUCACGCGAACCUCAGUCUAGCCAGACGCAGCGUAUGCCGCCGCGAAACGAUCAGUCAUCUGCUCCUCGAUACAACAAUGCAAAUGGCUCUCCUCAACAACGAUCGAAUGGCCAAGCCCAGAACCAGUCAGCGGCAGCAAGAAUGCCCGCCCCAGUCAAGCCUCUAAAUGUUCCCGCCAAGCCUAGCCAGCAACAGAACGAUGGCAUCAAGGCUGCAGAGGCGGCCCUCACAGCCAAGCCUUCGCCGUCGGAAAGAAAACAGGAUGUCCGCAUGUCUACCAUGUCAGAAAAAGAGGUCAUGGCCAAACUGAUCGAAGUUGUCUCAAAAGACGACCCUAACUUGUCUUACUCGAAACAAAAGAAGAUUGGACAGGGUGCGUCUGGCUCCGUCUAUGUGGCUAAGGUUAAAGAAGGUGCCAUGUCUCCUGUUGCUCGAGAGGUCCUCCGUAACCAGGGCUCUAGAGCUCAAGUUGCUAUUAAGCAGAUGGACUUAGCGCACCAACCGCGCAAGGAACUGAUUGUAAACGAAAUCAUGGUGAUGAAGGAUAGCAAGCACCGAAACAUUGUCAACUUUCUUGACGCGUUUCUGCGCAACAACAACGCUGAGUUAUGGGUUGUCAUGGAAUACAUGGAGGGCGGUGCGUUGACAGAUGUCAUUGACAACAACCCAGUCAUUACCGAAGAACAGAUCUCGACAAUUUGCCUCGAGACUUGCCGUGGAUUGCAACACCUACACUCCCAGAACAUUAUCCAUCGUGACAUCAAGAGCGACAAUGUUCUUCUAGAUGCCCGCGGAAACGUGAAGAUUACCGAUUUCGGUUUCUGCGCAAAGCUUACCGAGACCAAGUCGAAGCGAGCCACUAUGGUUGGAACGCCAUAUUGGAUGGCCCCUGAAGUUGUUAAGCAGAAGGAAUAUGGCCCCAAGGUCGAUAUAUGGUCGCUAGGUAUUAUGGCAAUCGAGAUGAUAGAAUCAGAGCCGCCGUAUCUCAAUGAGGAGCCUCUAAAGGCGCUAUAUCUCAUUGCGACCAACGGUACGCCCCGGCUAAAGAAGCCAGAAAAGCUCAGCAAGGAGCUUAAGGCGUUUCUGUCUGUCUGCCUAUGCGUCGACGUUAAGAGCCGUGCUUCGGCAGAUGAGCUCCUGCAACACGACUUCCUCAAGCACGGCUGUCCACUUGGAAGCCUCUCUGAUUUACUUGCCUUCAAAAAGCAUGCGAAAUAAGAAAAUGACGAUACCCUAUUCUCCUAUUGACGAUUCAUUGAGUAGUAGCCCCUCGGAUUUCAAUUCCAGAAACCAUAGGUUCUGGG